AUGGUUGGAUAUCUUCGAAAUAUUCUUGUGGAGUUGGUGAACAACCCAUCUGAAGAUAUUAUUAAAGCUAUCGAUGAUAACAUCGACGAAGAAGUUCUUCAAGUUGGCAUGAGUUUUGAAAAUGUAGACGAACUGAAGCAAUUCUAUAAGAAAUACAUUAUUAAAUGUGGGUUCGGUGUCAGAAUUAGAAGUUCAUCAAAAGAAGAAGACAACGAGUUAUGCUUCAUAAAGUUAGUUUGCAGUCGUAAAGAGAAGUGUCACUCCGCAAUUCCUUCAGAACUAAAAAGUCUCCAAACACAGAGAAAACAAUGUCCUGCCAGAAUUAGCGGGGUGAAAAAGGAAGGGCAGUGGUAUAUACGCAAUGUUAACAAUGUCUAUAACCACGACCUUAGUCUAAAAAAGUCCAGGUUGAUACGUGGAGACAAAAUUGUAACCAUGCAGGUCAAGAGGACACUAGAUAUGACUGAUGAAGCCGGUGUGCGCAUUAACAAGAGUUUCCAGUCAUUAGUUUGUGAAACAGGUGGCUUUGAAAAUGUUUCGUUUGUUGAGCGUGAUGUCAAAAAUUACAUCGGAAAGCAACGCAGGAGAUUGUGCAAGGAUGGUGAUGCACAAGCUUUGAUAACACACUUCUCAAACAUGCAACAAUUGAACCAUGACUUCUACUAUGACAUUGACUUGGAUUCAGAUGAUCGCAUCUCAAACGUUUUUUGGGUUGAUGCGCGUAGCCGUGCAACAUGCGAAGAAUUUGGAGAUGUUAUAUCAUUCGACACAACUUAUUUGACCAACAAGUAUGACAUGCCAUUUGCACCAUUUGUCGGUGUUAAUCACCAUGGCCAGUCAAUAUUAUUAGGAUGUGGAUUGUUGUCAUCAGAAGAUACAUCCAUCUUUGUCUGGCUAUUUCAGAGUUGGCGUCGAUGCAUGUCUAAUAAGUCACCUGAGGGAAUUGUCACGGAUCAAUGCAAAGCUAUGCAAAACGCAAUUGAAAUUGUUUUUUCAAAUACAAGGCAUAGAUGGUGCCUUUGA